ACGCUCGCAUUCAUAGAAUUUUAUCAUGCGCGUCAUACGUCGUGAAUGCCGGAAAUUGUUUUUGAAAAAAUUAUUUUUCUAGCAUUUCACAGCACCAAAAAUACAUCUACAUAACGUUUAGGAUGCGUAUGUCACGGAAGAAGAAAAGAGACAGAUUAUUUAGGCGGAGCUUUAACCACACCACGCAAAUUAAACCAAUAGGAAGACCGCGUCAUAUCUGUGCGAAUCGAACGUCACGAGCGCAUUGUUACUUCUUGUUUUGCUUGUGUGUUGUGUCACGUCUUUCUUCUUUUUUUUCGUACGUUGCUUUUGCUUGAACAUUCUUACGACGAUAAGGCGCAUAUUCUUGGGCUUGAGGAAUGGAACGCGCGAGUGAGAAAAGUAGUCUUCAGUCAUUUGUCGAGUAGUGAUCAAGCGAACAGCUGGUGUAUGCGUGAAUUUGUUUUUUUUUCGCGUAUCAACACGAAAAAGCGCGCGGCUUUAUUUGUCUCAUUUGGAAGCUUUGAACGAGCGUAGAUUUUUUUUGCAUUUUGUCGUAUGUGAACGUGUGCACAAGGCUUGGGAUUCGUACGGAAGAGCAACCAGUGCUCUUCUAUAUGGUUCUUGGACAUAUUUAUACUCGCAAAUAGUGUAAACAAUGAAUUUGUCCUUCGCGGGAUGUGGUUUCCUCGGUAUUUAUCAUGUUGGAGUAGCAGCAUGUUUCAAAAAAUACACGCCUCACUUGCUGCUGGAUAAGAUCAGCGGAGCUUCAGCUGGUGCAAUCGCUGCCUGUUGUCUUCUUUGUGACUUGCCCCUCGGGGAAAUGACAAGCAAUGUCUUACGAGUAGCACGUGAAGCGAGACAACGGACUCUCGGACCUUUCAGCCCUUCCUUCAAUGUUCAACAAAUACUCUUGGAAAGCUUGCAAAAGUAUCUUCCAAACGAUGCUCACAUCAGGGUCAGUGGCAAACUCCAUAUUUCCCUAACGAGGGUAUACGAUGGAAAAAAUGUCAUUGUUUCGCAGUUCAAUUCGCGAGAAGACCUCUUACAAGCUCUGCUCGCAAGUUCCUUCAUUCCUUUUUUCUCAGGAAUAUUUCCUCCGAGAUUUCAUGGCAUAAGGUACAUGGACGGCGGAUUCAGCGAUAAUUUACCAACACUAGACGAGAAUACAAUAACUAUAAGUCCUUUUUGUGGAGAGAGUGAUAUCUGCCCUAGAGAUAUAUCCUCUCAAUUGUUCCACGUAAAUUUUGCGAAUACUAGUAUUGAGCUCUCGAGACAAAAUAUCUACAGGUUUGCGAGAAUUUUAUUCCCGCCAAAUCCCGAGAUUCUAUCGAACAUGUGUAAACAAGGAUUCGACGACGCUCUGAGGUUUCUGCACCGCAACAACUUGAUCAAUUGCACACGAUGUUUGGCGGUACAAUCGACGUUCGUAGUAUCGGAGACACUCGAUGAAAGCAUGGAAUACGAUCCGGAAUGUGUGGAGUGUAAAAUUCAUAGACAGGAAGCGUUGGUUGCGAAUUUGCCAGAACCGGUAAUGACGAUAUUUCAAGAUGCUAUUGACGCCGCGAACAAGGGUAUAAUAAAUUGGCUUUUCAAGCACAAAAGUGUGAAGAUUCUGUCGCUGUUGAGCCUCCCUUACACCCUACCAGCGGACGUUGUCUACGCUACCUUUACGAACUUGGUUGGGAACACUGUAGAGACAUGCACGUUGGAAUACAAAGUUAUCGGGAAUAUCCUGCGUACACCUCAGAAUGUGGUCAACACAUGUGCAUUGCACUUGCCUUCGUCAUCACGAUUCAUUGUGCAUGCUCCAAAGCUGAGAACCAAUCUGCUCGAAAUAAGUCAAUUUAUCUUGGAACAACUAAGCUUCUUAUUCCCAAAAAUGAACACGUAUUACCCAUCUUUAUCACAAACGAUAAAAUGUCAUCUAGCAAUUAGACAAUAUGGAUCAAGUAUUUACGAUAUGGAAGCUGCCGAAGAUCCCGAUUGCAUGACGUACAAAAGUCAGAAACCCAAUCGAAACUUUUCGCUUCAGUACAAUAACGAAAUACAGCCGUGGGAGCACGACGAGCACGAUUGCGCUCGGAAAUCUAGUUGCGUAAUAAACAUGUCAGACAAAGCGACCUACGAUGAUACCUUUGAAAAUAUUCUCCAAGUUACUUCCGAUCAGGAAGCAAUAAUCGCGUAUUAUUACAUGGACGAAGAUAACAAAGUACGAGUUACGGAAAUAUUCGAUGUUACGGAUUCGGACGCCCACGGAAUGCUCUCGCCCACUGAGAUGGAAGUCAAUACGAAACUUCAAUUCGACGAAUGGGACGAGCCAACGUGGUUAUCUCAGCACGCAUUCUCUAAUGCUGUAACGGAGUCUCUUUACACGGAUGACAAUCAGCCGAGUUUAGACGGCCUUUCUGACACAUCGUACGACGACGAACUUUUCGAAGGAUCAAAUAUAUUUUCGGAUCCUGAAAGCGAGUGGGGAAUGGACAAAAGCCAUGAAGUAAUAACCGUCGAACUACCUCUUUCUAUAGCAAAUCCUCCUGACAGCCGACCUGAAGUUGAUCAACCAACCUUAUCCGAUUGAUGACUUUUCAACCAAUCACCUUUUUUUACCCACGUGUUACUUAACGAGGUUUUAUCAUUCCAUUCUCUAAUGAAUUCGAUUCUUCGUCUUCAUCGUCAUAGGAUAUUCGCAGUAUCGAAGUCUGUAUCGUGGAGGCUUGACGAAAAUUGGUUUGCUCCUUAAUUCAUCACUUUCUUUCAUUUCUUUGAUCAGAGAAAUAAUUUUUUAUAUCUCCGAGCCAGAUCGAUUUCCAGUACAAUACUUCUCGAAAAAAGCCUUCUCAAUUAUCGUAAUCCAAAUUUAGAAAUAAAUUCUGCACUUGUCUGACAAGUGGACGAUAUUUUAAUUCGCUCCAACGAUGCAAAAUUCGAGAAGGCUAAACCAAAAUUCAUUUUUGGUUUAGACUGCACGUAUUGAUUGGGGCAAACACUUCUUUCUUCGUUCACAUUGGAACUGAGGGAAAAGUAAAGCCUCGUAGAAACAAUCCGAUGUUGACAAUAUUUGAGAACAUCUGUCGGAAGAAUUUCAGCCCGCAAAUGAACGAAGUUAGGUAUUUAUAUGUAAAAAAAGAAUCAAUCAUAUUCGAUUGAUUCGCCAUUUUUACAGAUUUGAAUAUUUAAGAAAAACUGAAUUAUCUGUGCAUUUUUUGGAUGAAAAAAAUUCUGCAGUCUUAAUGGUCAACUCGAGCUGAUAUAUCGACGAUUAUAAGUAAUUAUGUUAUUUCGGUUUCUUUUAUAACUAUUAAGGCAAAAAUACACUUCACUUCUGUGAAGUAAUCGUGAUAUCACUAGGAACGAGAUAAAUUUAAGGAAUAGGAGGCGAAUAUUAUAUUUUUUUUCUUGCCAAAACAAUGAGUAGUAACCGAAUUUUGCUCUUUCAUAUUUAUUUUUUAAACGGGUUAAUCAUUUUGCUAAUUUAUUUAACGUUUCUUGCCAAGCUUCCCGGGAAGCAAUAUUAUUUUAUUUUCUUCUCGGCAGAGUUCAUUGGAAUUAGCCGUGAAUUUACAAAUGCAUGAAUUUGUUUCUUUAAAGAUAAAUCGAAUUUUAGUCGCGAAUUUAAUAAUUUAUAAAUUUUGUUAAUAAUUCAAGGAUCAAUUUUGGCUCGUGAGAUGCGUGGCGCAUUUUGACAUUUUCAUUUCGCGAAAACGACACAAGUGCAAACGACAAUACGGAAUUUUCUAGUGAAUAACGUUUUUUGCAUUAUUAUUAUUGGCGAAAAUGUGAUGGAAAAAACCUAGUCGAAUAAUCUCGUCGACAGAGAGGAAAUCAUGUCUUUUUUCCCUCUAAAAUAUUGAAAUCCAGAUUUUCAGACUCCAGUGAAUUGAAAUAUUCGAUUUCCUUGAAAGCGAGGAAGCUUUACUUUCGGAGUCGAAGAAGAUAGAAAAAUAUUAAUAUCCAUAGUUUUUAUUGCGGAGAGGAGAUUCGCUCUGCGUUUUCAUAACUGUAAGGAAAAGUCGAAUCUAGAAAUAGUUGACAAAUAUCUGCGUUAAAACUUCAUUCUUAAAUAGUUCAUUCAAAACCUUUCAUAAACUAAAAAUCAUGAUUUUUACAUAUUUUUUCCUCAGCACGAUCAACAAAUGAUGUUCAAAAGCAAAGUAUCCCUCAAUAUAUUUUUUUUUCUUGAUCUGACAGUCUGAUGAACAAUGCACAAUGCAUCACGUGAAGUGAUUACUUUUUCUAAAUAUUUUUUAUGUACAUGCAAGCUACGAUGUUGGACGAAAAAUUCUAAUGAAAAAGUGUAAGGACACGAGUAGUAAGCAUAAUUUUGUAACCGAUCGCACAGCAAGACACUCGAGUAUCCAGAGUAUUUUAACUGCUCUGUAGGAUUAUAAAAAAAAUUUCGGAUCUUUGACCACAAUUCCAUGAACAAAAUGAAAAAAUGUAACGCGAGAAAGCCGUGAACCUUUCACGCUGCAAUGAAAGUGACGAUGUUAUAUUGUUGGCACUGAACAUUUUUGUAACUAGUACUUAUUUAUUUCGAAGAUGUACGGGCAUUUGCCAUAUUUUUCUCCCUGAUUAUCUGUACUAAUUUAUAUGUUAUUAUAAAUGAUAUUUUUAUGUAAAUAUACGAAUUAUAUUUUUCAA